GCAGCCUCGUUACCGUUCACAAAACUUCUUCAUGAGGUGCUUGCAAAGAUGGCAGAGGCUGAUUUUAGCCGUACUGUAACAGGCAAUGAAAGCCUUCUGUUAGGGACAGCAGAGCUCUCGCAAAUGUCAUGCUAUGAUUUUAGCGAAUUCAAGGAGUCAUUAAAAACACUUCGAUUAAUAGAUGACAAAAUAAUAUACAAAUUAAACACAAGUGUGCCCACAGAUUCCUUCAAGCAUGAAGUUGAUGCAGAAGGAAGGUGCCGUGAACUUUACUCUCAGCUCAAGAAAGUUUAUCAGACAAGAGAUGAUGCUAUAAAAGGGUGCAUUGCGGAAGUUUCUGAGAGAGUAAAGAAUUUACGUGAGCAGAAAAAUAAGGAUCCUGAUAACUUUGAUAUUAUGAAGAAAUUACGCAAAGAACAAACUUGUCUUCGGUUAAUGCAGACAGAGCUAAGUGUUGAGGAAGUUGUUAAACAAAGAAGUUUCAAGGUGUUUGCUGAAAGAUGUUGGAAGGCAUAUAAACCUGAUGACUUAUGACAGAACUAUUUGAAGCCAUCUUUUUAUUUGAGGCCAUGUAUUAUCUAUUUUCUUAACUGGAAUGAUUUCUGUCAUUAAUGUGUUUGAUAUUAGUGUUGAAAACA